AUGAAUUCAUCACAUCCGAAGCGAUUCAUACCACUGAAGAAGGGCAAGCAUAGCUUUCCUGCCGACACCCCCAGUCUUCGAGGAGUGGUCUUCGACAUGGAUGGCACCCUUUGCGAGCCUCAAACAUACAUGUUCAAGGAAAUGAGAGAUGUUUUAGGAAUUACAAAAACAACAGACAUACUCGAGCACAUUGAUACUCUCCCGAAAUCCGAACAAGGGACUGCCCUUGAGUCUAUCCGCAAUAUUGAGCGCGAAGCCAUGAAGACCCAGACUCCUCAACCAGGUCUGAUGACCCUCAUGGCGUACCUCGACGCCAAUGCCAUCCCCAAGGCGAUAUGCACACGCAACUUUGAUGUCCCUGUUCAGAAUCUUAUGGAGAAGUUUCUCGAAGGCUCUCGCUUUCAUCCCAUCGUGACGCGAGACUUCCGCCCCCCCAAACCUGAUCCUGCCGGUAUCCUGCACAUCGCCAAGAACUGGGGCUUACACGACGAAUCUGGCGAGGGUGACGCCAGUGGUCUUAUCAUGGUGGGCGACUCUAUCGACGACAUGACCGCAGGCAGAAAGGCUGGCGCGGCUACUGUAUUGCUCGUGAAUGACGUAAAUCGAGCAUUGGCUGAACAUGCCCAUACUGAUCUGGUCAUUACUACGCUGGAUGAGCUCGUUGAUAUCCUUGAACAAGGCUUCGUGGGAAGAGACGCCGGCCCAGAAUAGCAAGAAGUCGACGCGAACCCUUGUCAGCUCACAAAUGU